GCUCAAACUGUCAAAGUCAAACAGCAGCCAAGUAAGUCGAAAAAGAAUAUCUCUUCACACACAGCGAACAUAAACAAAGUGAGGCUCAUUUUUUUGGAAAAUUUGCUGUUGAUCCAAGGAUGGCUCAAGUUCCAACUGGCAUUAUUACACACGCUCAACGCGUUUGUCGAUUAUAUAAAAAGGCUGUUCGCUUGACUCAAUCAUGGUACACUCCACGACAUGCUUUCCGUUAUCAUGCCGUUUUGGUGCGAGAACGAUUCGAUCAAAAUAAAGAUAUUAAGGACAUGCGAACUGCAAGAAAACUAGUGGAAGAAGGUGAAGCUGAGCUGUUUCAAAAAGCACAUCCACAGCCGAUUGGAUGGGCAAACAGUCCAGGUGGUUUAGCGUACGGUCGUGAGGUUGAGCUUCCCGAUUGGGUUUUAGAUUAUUGGCAUCCAUUAGAAAAGGCACAAUAUCCCGAUUACUUUGCUCGCCGUGAACAGCGCAAGAAAGAAUAUGUUCUUUGGUGGGAGAAACAAUACGGCAAAUCGCAGCCAAGAGAUGAUCACCAUUAAAUUUAAAUUUAUAUCUGGAACUGUUUAAUUUUUGCAACCAAAAUUAAAUAAAAAAAAACUGGGCAAAUUAUCUAGUGGAAAACAUACAAA